AUGACUGACAGAGUUUAUCCUUCAUCAAAACCCAACGGCAACACAACCGCCGUCACAACAAACACAAGACUACCACCACCACCAAGCAAAGCCCAGCAACCCAAUCGCCACCCCUACCGGCCAAACUCAGUCACCAACCAACGAACUCGGCGCCGCAGCCGCCGUGGAUGCUUCUGCUUAUGCUGCUUCUGGUCAGUUCUUAUCAUCACUCUCCUCCUUCUCAUAUCCGCUAUCGCAGGUUGUAUACUUUACCUCCUCUACCGCCCCCACCGACCAACGUUCUCUAUCGCCUCCCUCAAAAUCUCGGAAUUCAACCGCACCACCACCGCCGAUGACACCACACGACUCACUUCAAACCUCAAUCUUACCAUCUCUACCAGAAACCCAAACAAGAAAAUCACAUUUUACUAUGAUUCAAUCUCAAUUACGUGUUUAUCCGAAGGAACGCAAGUCGCAAACGGAUAUUUCGCUAACUCGUUUGUUAGUAAUCCGAAUAACAUCACCAUUAUCCGCUCAUCAUUGUCUAGCAACUCCCUGCUUCUGGAAACAGAAACAGUGAAUCGAAUGAGAUCGGAUCUGAAAAAGAAAUCAGGGCUGCCAUUAAAGUUGCUGCUUGAUACUAAAGUUCGAGUCAAAAUCGAGUCCAUAAGAAGCAAAAAGAUUGGGAUUCGGAUAAAAUGCGAAGGAAUUCAUAGCUUAAUUCCAAAGGGUGGCAGUGGGAAUUCAAGAAAUUCAUCAUCUUCAUCAGUAGCUGCUACUGUUUCUGCUGCCAAAUGUAAGCUUGAUCUUCGGAUCAAGAUCUGGAAAUGGACUUUCUAA